CUUCUGCACCUGGCCACUUUGCUGUUCUUCGCCAAGGACUAGGACCACCCAAUAUGCAGUGCUUCCGCUGCUUGAGAGCUGUAGCUCCAAGGCCGGUGCUUUCGGUGCCGCGGGCCCCCAUCUCCGCGCUCCAACAGCUCCGUUCAAUCUCAAUCCUCUCUGCGAAGCGCCCGCAGCUGUUGCCUGCCCACGCCUCCGUCCCGCAGCCCCUGUCAAUUGCGCCCGCGACCGCCGAUGCGGAAACAGCCGAUAUCCUUCCCAAGGUCUCCUCCCACCCGGCGCUCGCCGGUAUUCAAGUUAGAAAUGGUCCCAGAGAUACCUACGACCCCAGCAAUCUCGUCCGGAAGCGGCGCCAUGGCUUUCUCAGUCGGAUACGGACUAAGAAGGGCAAGAAACUGCUGAAGAGAAGGAAGGCAAAGGGACGGACGACUCUGAGCCAUUAAACGGAGGAAGCCUAAAAGUCCGCGUACGAUAUGCCGUGUUCGGUUGACGGAAACAAAACCAUCUUAUGCGGGCGUCAAGGAACUUACACGGCAAUGAAACCAUGGGCAGGAGAUGUCUUGCCGCUUGAGUAAAGACCGGAGGCACUAUAGGUACAUAGAGUGGUUGGGCAUUGUUGUAUGACAUGGAAGUUUUUGCUUAUGCUAGUCACCGGGCUCGGAUACCACGCUGGGAAGCUAUGUUUCUAACCCAAUCGAAUAGCAUUUACUCGACAAGUGGUUUCUGAGCAGAUGUUUAUUGGAGACACAGAGUGUUUGUGUGGGUUGUCUUGAUUUUCCUGGCGAACAACGAGGAAUGUAAAUUGCAUGCAGAUUGAGUACUCGUAGCGGGGG